AUGUGGGCUCCUCCCUUGCUCCCACACGUCCCCGCUGUAAUUACAGACAGACCCGGGAAGAGCAGAACCGGUCCUGCCCCGGGGCCAGCCUCUGCACCAGCCUGUGCACCGCCUUCACUACUUAAGAAGAUUAACCACUCUCCCAAGAAGGACUUGCAGCCGGGAGAGAGUUUUAGAAUCGCGUCCAUGGUUAAAGGUGGAGUCCCCCAGCACGCUUCAGCCAUGUCUAUCGCCAAAGCAGCGGCCCACGCCAUGCUCACGGACGCUCUUCUCCCGGAGCAGCCGGCCAUAAACCGUGUGUCCCACCUGGAGCUGGAGCUGCCUCUGGACAAGGUCAUCAAGUACGUGUCUGUGGGGCUGCCCCUGCUGCUCGUCUGCAUGGCCUUCGCCCGAGAGAUCUCCCUGGGGCCUCAGAUCAGCUGCUUCCCGCCCAGUAACUUCACCAUCAAACAGGCCGGAUAUGUGGACACGUACUGCUGGGACUCCCUCAUGCACCACGAGUUUGACAGCGACGGCAACUUUGAGGAGCGCUCGCUGUGGGUGCACAAAAUGUUCCCGUACUCGCUGCUGGCCAUGGCGGUGCUCAUGUAUCUGCCCGCUCUGAUCUGGAGGCAGCUGGUCAUGCCCUCGCUGGGGUCGGACAUGCUCUUCAUCAUGGACGAACUGGACAAGUCGUACAACCGCUCCAUCCGCCUGGCUCAGAACAUCCUGGAGCUGCGCCAGAGCACCAAGAACCCCCUCACCUUCCAGGCCGAGCUCGACAGAGCCAAGAAGAAGCGCUACUUUGAGUACCCUCUCCUGGAGCGAUACAUGCGGUGCAAACAGCGCUCUUACUUCCUGGUUAGCAUGCUGUUCCUGCGCGGCUUCCUCCUUCUCACUUUCAUGACGGCCGCCUGCCUCUACCUUGCCUACUUCCACCUCUCCGCCUUCCUCCAGGACGAGUUCAGCUGCUUCGUGCGCACGGGCAUGCUCCGCGACCAGACCUGGAUCCCCGAGCUCGUCCAGUGCAAAAUGAUCGGACAGCUCGUCUUCCAAGUCAUCAGCGUGGCCAACGGCGCCAUCUACGUCCUACUCGGCCCCAUCGUCGUCUUCAGCCUGAUGCGACUUUUCGUUUGGGACACGACUUUUCUUUCCGUCUACCAAGUGCUUCCGGCGUUGGACAUCACCGACCGACGCAAACUCGGCUGCGCGCUGAACGAUCUGAACGUCCUGAUGCUCUUCCUGCGCGCCAACGUGGCACACCUCAAGUCGUACGGCCAGGUGCGGGCGCUGUGCUCGCUGGCGCCACCGCGGGUAGGCAACGCCACGGGGAUAAACGCCAUGUUGACGCAGGAGGAGCUGGAGGAGAAAGAGGAGGCGGCGAUGGAGCUGGCGGAGGAGGUGGAGGAGGCCAAGCAGGAGGGGAAGCUGGACUUGGUGGACAUCAUGACGAUUCUGGGGGCGGCGCAAGGGAGAGUGGUGAAUUGCAGUGAGCAGCGCCCCCUGGUGGAGCAGAGCAUGAGCCUGGAGCCUAACCACCAGGGCUACCACGAGUUGAAGGAGACUCCAGCAUAUAGUCAUUACUAG